GAUAAUCCUCUGCAGAUGCCUCCAAAGCUCUGCUUUGUUUUUCUUUCUCCUUUGCUGCUAUGCAAACUGAUAAAAUCCCAUGUGGAGAACGAGGAGCAGUACACUCAGGCGCUGGAGAAGUUCGGGGAAAACUGUGUGUGCCGCGACGAUCCCGACCUGGGAUCGGCCUUCCUCAAGUUCUCCGUCUUCACCAAGGAGCUGACGGCACUCUUCAAAAACCUGUUCCAGAACAUGAACAACAUCAUCACGUUCCCCCUGGACAGCCUGCUGAAAGGAGACCUGAAGGGCGUCAAAGGGGAUCUGAAAAAGCCUUUUGACAAAGCCUGGAAGGAUUACGAAACCAAAGUCAAAGGACAUUCUUUACUGAGAGGGACCAAAAUCGAGAAGGAGAAGAAGGAGCACGCUCGGCAGCACGGGAUGAUCCGGACGGAGAUCAGCGGGGCGGAAAUAGCCGAGGAGAUGGAGAAGGAGAGGCGCUUCUUCCAGCUGCAGAUGUGCGAGUACCUCCUCAAAGUCAACGAGAUCAAGAUCAAGAAGGGGGUGGACCUGCUGCAGAACCUCAUCAAGUACUUCCACGCACAGUGCAAUUUCUUUCAGGACGGCCUGAAAGCCGUGGAGAACCUGAAGCCGUCGAUAGAGAAACUGGCUACAGAUCUGCACACGAUCAAGCAGGCGCAGGAUGAGGAGAGGAAGCAGCUGACUCAGCUGAGAGACGUCCUGAAAACGGCUCUGCAGGUGGAGCAGAAGGAGGCGAGGAGAGAUUCCCAGGUGCGGCAGAGCGCGACGUACAGCCUGCACCAGCCGCAGGGCAACAAGGAGCACGGCACCGAGCGCAGCGGCUUCCUGUUCAAGAAGAGCGACGGGUUGAGAAAAGUCUGGCAGAAGAGAAAAUGCACAGCUAAAAACGGAUACCUCACUAUCUCACACGGCACAGCUAACAGGCCGCCGGCUAAACUCAACCUGCUGACCUGCCAGGUGAAGCACAACCCUGAGGAGAAGAGGAGCUUCGACCUCAUUUCACAUGACCGAACGUAUCAUUUUCAAGCUGAGGACGAACAGGACUGUCAGAUCUGGAUCUCGGUUCUGCAGAACAGUAAGGAGGAGGCGUUAAAUCAGGCGUUUAAAGGCGACCACCAUGUUGGCGAGAACAACAUCGUUCAGGAGCUGACGAAGGCGAUCCUGGGGGAAGUGAAGAGGAUGACGGGGAACGACGUGUGCUGCGACUGCGGAGCGCCCAAUCCGACGUGGCUGUCCACCAACCUGGGCGUCCUCACCUGUAUUGAAUGUUCAGGGAUCCACAGGGAGCUCGGCGUCCACUACUCUCGGAUCCAGUCCCUCACUCUGGACGUCCUCAGCACCUCUGAGCUCUUGCUGGCCAAGAACGUGGGGAAUGCAGGCUUUAAUGAAAUCAUGGAAGCUUGUUUAAAUGCUGAAAACGUGGUGAAACCGAACCCAGCGAGUGACAUGCAGACGAGGAAAGACUUCAUCACGUCCAAAUACAUYGAGAARCGUUUUGCCAGGAAGAAGGGCGCCGACGCGGCGGCGCGGCUCCACACGCUGUGCGAGGCAGUGAAGGCGCGGGACAUCUUCUCCCUCAUCCAGGUCUACGCCGAGGGGCUGGACCUCAUGGAGCCGAUACCGCUCGCCAACGGACAUGAACAGGGAGAGACGGCGCUUCAUCUGGCCGUCAGGCUGGUAGACAGAACGUCUCUUCACAUCGUCGACUUUCUCACUCAGAACAGUUUGAAUCUGGACAAGCAGACGGCCAAAGGCAGCACAGCGCUGCACUACUGCUGCCUGACCGACAACAGCGAAUGUCUGAAGCUGCUGCUGAGAGGAAAAGCCUCCAUAGACAUUGCGAACGAAGCCGGCGAGACGCCACUGGAUAUCGCCCGGAGGCUCAAACAUGCUCAGUGUGAGGAGCUGCUCAACCAAGCUCUGGCAGGAAAAUUCAACGCUCACGUCCACGUUGAGUACGAGUGGCGCCUGAAGCACGAGGACCUGGAUGAGAGCGAUGAGGAUCUGGAUGAGAAGCCGAGCCCCCAUCGGAGAGACGACCGUCCCGUCAGCUGUUACGCCCCCAGCAGUAACUCCCACCUGCAGUCUGGUCUGGGGCCCGCCGGCCGGGACGGAGCGGGCCUCAGCAAGGACAAGCACCGCCUCUUUAUGCCCAGCCUGGUGAACAACGAGACUUACGGCACCGUCCUGAACACCGGCUCCUCUCAGUCGGCCUCCACCUCUGCUCCACCGCUGCCCCCAAGGAACCUGGCCCAGUUUUCCUCUGUGGGGGGAAUCGGUCAGUCCGUCACCUCCAGCACCUGGAAACCCGGUUCUUUAGACCUGGUYGGCCGGCAGCGGUCGUCCUCAGACCCUCCCAACAUGCACCCUCCUGUUCCCCCAAUGAGGCUCACGUCUACUGGAGGUCUGGGUCCUGCCCCCGUAGCCAAGAUGGAAGCCAURAGCAUGCAGUCCAAGUCAGGUCAGGGUCCGCUGGGGACCCGGUCAGUGCCACCCAAAUCCCCUGCUGGCAAUGAUAAAAGCUUCAGCCGAGGAUUCCUGAAUCAAAGUGAAUCUGUAGAACGAGCAGCUAAGGAAGUGCCAGGAUGCCCCCAGAACUCGGUGCCUCCGGCCCCCGCRUCAAGGAAAGCAUUUCCAAAGCAGAGACCAAAGCGGGUAAGGGCCAUCUACAACUGCAUAGCUGAUAACCCAGACGAGCUGACGUUUUCUGAGGGCGAGGUGAUCGUGGUGGAUGGAGAGGAGGACCAGGAGUGGUGGCUGGGCCACAUUGAAGGAGAUCCAAUGAGAAGAGGCGCCUUCCCCGUCACCUUCGUCCUCUUCAUCACCGACUGACGGACCGCUUGGGUCCUCUGGAGGCGUCACGAGAUGCUGCGUUAGUCGCCAGCCAUCCGUCUGAGGACCCAUGAGGUUCAGCUCCUCACUCAGAAUCUAAAGAAAUUAAUGUUUUCACUGAACAAUCUUUGGCAAUAAACAAACUCUUUCCGUCACAAACCAUGUUUUAACAAAAUGAAGGUCACAUAAACAGUGUUUAUUUCAUCUCUAGAGCCGCAUUGUGCAGAGAAAUCGAUUUUAACACCUCAAAAUGUGAACUUGGACAACAUGCUUACAUUCCAUACCUGUACAKGUAGAUGCAGUGUUUGUAGAUCUUUAGUGACGCUCCUGUGUGGAGGAUUUUCCUAAUGGUGCUAAAUUAACCUGAGUAUUCUCCAAGCUACAGCCAGCUAAUGCAUCUCUCUCACACACACACACCUGUUUUAGUUUCAUGUAGUGGUCUACCAUCGGCUUGGGUAUGAGACUCGUAGUCAAACAGAAAUGUAUCAGAAUGGUCAAGCAGCUUUUAUUUAAACAGAAAAUAAUUAUUACAGUUAUAAUAUCUGUUCAUUAUAAGUGUGAAACAGAAUCUUUCAGAUAUCACAUGCAAACACCGCCAUCGAUAGCUGGCUAGACGGUGUUUUAACUGUGCAAAAACAAGCAGGGGAAGCAAUAGAAAACUCAUUCUGGUUUCAGUUGACAAACGUUUUGUUUGUUUAUGUUACCCACUGGUGGAAUGGCAGCCUGGGAGRAYGGUUGUAGUGCCUAUAUUGCCAACAGCCACUGUUAGGUUAUUAUAUUGAUGGGCUACAAGCUCAGAUAGUAUCCACCCAAAACCAGGUCUCCGCCGGUAACCGCCCCAUUCCUUUAGGUCAGACAGCAACUUCUAAACAAGCUGGUUGUUGCGUUCUUGAUGAAUGAUGAAGGUCUUUAGUUCUCAUUUCAUAUGAAAAGAAUGAGACGUUUGUGUUGGAGGUGAUGAGUCGUCUGUGCAUAAUAAGCUGCAUGUUACAAGAAGAGAUUUAAAACUGUUGGAAUGUGAAGUAAAGUGGGAGAGCUGUUGUCUUUAGUAACAGGCUGCUUACUUUAGUCUGCAUCAAGCCUGAGACCCUCAACAYGACCACCCAGGAAGGUCCUCGMUGUUUGGGCUCAUGAGAUGUAGAUGCUUUUAGAAAUACAGUGUAAUUAACGUCAUCGUAGUUGCAGAGCAACUUAUUGUUCAUAUUGUUGAUAUUUAAGCAUUUAAUCUGAAAUCAGAGCCUUCCAUGGAUUUGUGAAUGACAAGAAGAGGAUCUGUCUCUUCGUUCAAUGUAAGAACUCACUGGAAACAAGAUGUAAUCACCUAUUUAUGUAAAUAGAUUUGGGUUUUGUUUGAGUAUUUAAGAGGUCAGAGCGGUUAAUGUCUUCCAGCGAACUGCCGCCAUGAGGCAAACUGAUCACCACUAACCUGACUCCUAAAGUGCAAGGGAAUGGGAAAAGUUCAACUGGAAAAAUAAAUUAUGGAAUAAUGUCAUAA